GAUGGGUGGUGUUGCGCUCCACACAACAUGAUAUAUAGUGUUUUUUUUUCCGCAAAUGAGUCGUCGACUGACUUUGUUGCGCGCAAUUGAUGUUUUGGAGUCUUUGCCGCUUUGCGCACCCACCCGUCGCGGACGCAAUUGAUUGACUGACUGAUGUUCUUCGAGGGAGUCGCGGAAGCGAAGUGGCGGGAGGGUACGUAAUUGAGGCAAAGACUUCGGGAGAGCGCGCUGGAUCACCGAAGUGGCAAUCCGAAGGAGACGCUGAGGGCGGAAUACACAGCUAACGAGAGCGAGGAGGAGAGAUAAGGAGAGCGGAGAGCACGCAUGCAUAUUUAGACACGUCGAGAGAGGGAGAGAGGGGGAGAGAGAAGAGAGAGAAGAGAGAGAGAGAGAGAGAGAGCCUGUCUCUGUUCUCGCUACCCUACUAUCAGUAACUUGAAAGGCAUCUCGUAUCGCGGCUGGCUGUCUAGUUCUGACUGUGGUGUGUGCCCUCCUUACUUUCAUCCGCCCUAGUCAUCCCUCAGGCAAACUCGGAUCUAGACAAGAUGAAGGCGCUAAUUCUCGUCGGCGGUUUCGGGACUCGCCUGCGCCCUCUCACGCUUAGCGUGCCGAAGCCGCUGGUGGAUUUUGCGAACAAGCCAAUGAUUCUUCAUCAGAUUGAAGCCCUAAAGGCAGUUGGUGUGACAGAGGUGGUUUUGGCAAUCAACUAUCAGCCUGAGGUGAUGCAAAGCUUCUUGAAGGAGUUCGAGAUAAAGGUUGGCAUCAAGAUCACCUGCUCACAGGAGAAGGAGCCAAUGGGCACGGCAGGGCCACUUGCCCUCGCACGUGAACUGCUUGUGGACGGAAGUGGUGAUCCCUUCUUUGUGUUGAACAGUGAUGUCAUCAGCGAGUACCCUCUGCGAAAGCUCUACGAAUUUCACCAGAAGAGCAAAGGGGAAGCGACCAUCCUAGUUACCAAGGUGGAAGAGCCGUCGAAGUACGGUGUCGUCGUUCUUGACGAGGCAACGGGUCAAGUUCAGAGGUUUGUUGAAAAACCCCAAGUGUUUGUUGGCAACAAGAUCAAUGCUGGAAUCUACCUAUUGAAUCCGGAAGUGCUGGACAGGAUAGAGCUGAGGCCGACAUCGAUUGAGAAGGAAGUUUUCCCGAAGAUUGCGGCGGAGAACAAGUUGUUUGCGAUGGUUCUCCCCGGGUUCUGGAUGGAUGUCGGACAGCCCAAGGACUACAUCACUGGCUUGCGCUUGUACUUGAACUCGUUGAGGCAAAAGGCACCGGAAGCUCUGGCGACGGGUUCUCACGUGGUGGGCAAUGUUCUGAUUGAUUCUACGGCAGAAGUGAGGGAUGGCUGCUUGAUUGGCCCGGAUGUUACGGUUGGGCCGGGCUGCGUGAUCGAGGAGGGCGUUCGGCUUUCUAGAUGUACAAUCCUUCGAGGGGUGCGUGUGAAGAAGCAUGCGCAUAUCUCUGGCAGCAUCAUUGGAUGGCAUUCGACGGUUGGGCAGUGGGCACGGGUGGAGAACAUGACGGUGCUUGGGGAAGACGUGCACGUCUCGGACGAGAUUUACAGCAAUGGUGGGGUUGUCUUGCCGCACAAGGAGAUCAAGGCAAACAUCCUUUCGCCCACGAUUAUCAUGUAGGUAGAGAUGUAGGUGAUUGUGUUAGGCAGCCUAGGAUGGAGGGAUAUUGAGAGUGGUGGGUCGCUGUUUGAUGAGAAAACCGUGCGUUGGGGAGAGAGGUGUGAAGGGAAUGCUCCUCCUUUAGCCUUAACAGAAUGCAGAGUGCCGCUGAUCAGCAAAGUCGACAUCUUGACGUCUGGCUGGCAGCAGGAUGAUGACAUAUGUGCGAGUUUUUCCAGAAGGGGAGGUGUAUCUGGCUAUCCAAGCUCUCAGAGAUGAGGCUGCAUGUCAAUGAGGGGCCUCUCUCCUGAUUUGGUCAAAAUACAUUGGUGAACGGGCAGGCUUGCUCUCCAAGCACCUUUUGUUCAGUCCCCGGACUCUUUUUUGUUGUUUAAUGUCCCUAAGGAAGGGCAUACUUGCACUUGCAUUUUCUCAACUGAAACUGAUCUGACUCUAUUUGCAGUCUGAUACGUACAGGGAAGCUGCAGUGUCAGUGCAUGCUAAUCGAUUGCCAGCGCUGGAAGAGGCAAUUACAGUUUGUGGUAGCUUGAUACUGCAGAGUUUGUGAUGACUCGCAAGAAGAGCCAAACCCAUAGUUUGGAGUAGUGCUCGUUUGUGAAGACUCGCAAGGGAAAGAGUGGGUAACCGAUGGACGAGGCCGGAUAGGCUCUCUAAUCGGGCAAUUCACGAGGGCCUGGCUGUGUGUUGUGGCCUGCAUCUCUUCCUGGAAUGGACAUCCAGGCGAUUUGAGUGGGCAGGGAGUAAUUUGCGGGGUUGUCACUUAUGUGCAGGGCGUAUUCUAUGUUCAAGACGCCUUCUUUUUGGAACAUAUUUGCGGAUGGUGGGUCUUCUCGGUGUUCAUUCCGUCUUUUCGGGGUGAGGUCGAUCGCUGUGCAUGCGGAGGGCGUGCCGAUGACAAUAGUAGCGUUUGUUUAAGGCUAUGACUUCGAUGAUGGCCUUGGUUCGGUCCAUCCUGUGCAAUGUGUGUCUUGACGAAAAGGCCUCUCUCGGAGGUAUCUUUUCCGGACCUUGCUUUUUUUUCCGUCUAGAGGUUUGCGUCAUUAUAUCUGGUUGUUUUCUUUAGAUGGCAGCUGCACAGGAUGUUCUUUGUUCUGAAGGUCAUCUGCUGAACCUUUUAAGGUCGUAUGCUGUCCGCAUGGUGCUUACCGCAUGCUCUAUUUGGACAGCCUGAUGGAUGCUUUGUGCGUCUGGGCAAGAGGCCGCUUCAUUUCCGCACGUCCUCUGGUGCGCUGGGCGUUUUACCGUUGUGCCCUGGCGAGUAUGAAAGUGCUCUGUCCUGGUCCGUUGCACCGUCUGAAGGCAUCUCCUUUGCCGCUGCAUGAUGCCGAUCAUGCGAGCACGAGUUUUUUUGCAAGUUCUACGUUACGGAUGCUAUGGUUAUGUCUCCGCCAUAGGAGGGACUCCGGGUUGUGGAAGGUUGGCAAGAAAGACUUCCUCGGGUGUUCUGCGUGCCCGGGUUAGGCUGAUAUGGGGUAUCUGCUCACACAGUUGUUUACAGCCUUUGCCUGGCUGUGUGCAAUACUCCGAAGGCCGGGAUAGAUGGGUGAAUAAGAGUUUUCAUGAUACGCCAGAACAGUGACUUGUGUAAACAGACUGUUGUGUAUGAUAGAAGCGCCCCAAGUUGCAGCAGCAGGGAAACCGGUGCCGUGGUCUGUGACAAUACAACGAAGUCAGCAUGAGCAUAGCCUGAGCUUAAUUGGAGUCUACGGUCUUCUGUGUGAUUGCGGGUUGGGAAGGGCGUGUAUUCUGGAAAACAGUGGAGAAAAUUUGGAUUGGAUAGUGACGUGUGUGUGUGUGUGUGUGUGUGUGUGUGUGUGUGAGAGAGAGAGAGAGAGAGAGAGAGAGAGAGAGAGAGAGGAAUGUAAGGCGGAGGGCCACAGGGCUUGGCAGUUCCGCUGAGCUUGUCUUUUGAGGCACAUGCUUGUGUCUGGAGGUGCAGUGAAUGUGACGGGGAGUGACAGGCUGGCUGGAAGUCGGGUAAUUCGCUUGUUAUGUUGGGUAAUUUAAAAGUGGUUUGGUGUCGGGCUGAUGCUGAUUUAGGAAGUCGGAAGCGCCGUGCGUUUUCAUGUUGUUGGUAUGGUGCGAUGGUCGUAGUUGUUCGGUUGCGAUAUUUGCCGCCAUAGGGAGCGAAAAGGGCUCUGGUUGGGCAUUUUUCUCGAGAGGCCAGCCGGCCAAUUACAGUGUUGGCAGCCUUGCAGGAUGAGUCUGAAUAAGUGUUGUGGAAAACACAAUAAAUGCUAUUUCCCUGGGCUAGCUGAUGUCGGCCACGGGGGUUGUUUGGUGUUUGCAGAAGGUAGGUGUUGAAAAAAUAAACAUGGUCUUGUGGACUUUGUGAGGAUCCCGGAUUUGCGUUGGUCGCCUUGUAAGAUUUUCUCUUUCUUUCUUUCUCGCUUUCUUUCAUUUCCUUUACUUCGGAACGUUGCCUGCUAUGGAAGACAAUUUUGACAAUUUUGGAGUUGUUUGCUAUGGAAGACUCUGGGUUAUGCAUUUCGUCGACCAUUUCCUAGAGUGGCCAGCGGCACGAUAGUGUUGUGAACGACAGAACAUGGAUGCGAUUUACCUGGUUUUUCUUUUUUUUUUUGAUGCUGGACAGUGCGGGUGUGGGGAAAGCAAUAGUAGUUACACGUCAAGGAGUGUUUGCAAAAAGCUCUUAAUGAAUGCUGAAGUUCGAAAACAAUGAUAUCGAGUUGGUGUCGAGUUUGUAUCAGCGCUUUUUUUGAAAGCGCACAAGUCAUGCUAUUCCCCAGAAGCAGCUGAUGCAGGCCAUAGAGAUUGUUGUGUGCUGGGGUUGAUAUACGUAUGCUGUUCGGAGAGUGGGCGUAUGUACGUGGACUUUUCUGUGGCUAUGAUGAA